UAUGUGCAUCUCAUUCCUCAGCGUCUCUAGGCAGACUUUUCAGCUGGAAGCAGAUCUUUUCUUAGCUGUCCCUACUGGCAGGGUCUGAGUAGCUUGUUAUUUCCGGCGGCUGCCACUUUGGAGUAAGUGUAGCAUCCACACACACACUUCCUGAUCCAAUAAUGAGAGCCUUCCGUUGUUUUCCUUAAUGAUACAUUCCUAGCUUGCAUGGCGAUUAAGACUGAGAGGACCACUCCCAGAAUCAUCCUGCAUAUCUGUCAUCUGUUUAUAAAAGACGUUGUCUGCGCAUGCACAACUAUUAUGUUGGGCAAGCCAUUUCAACUUCAUUACAUAAAAAUGUCAGACUUAGAAAAUGAGUACACAGUAGGCGUGUAACAGUAUGCCAUCAUCACGGUUGGAGUGAAGUUCUUGUACUUGUGUACUUGGUGCUGCUCUCUUGCCUCUUUCAUCCUGGGCGUCUUCUACAAAGCUCCAGAGAGAAUCUCUGAACGUGCGUACAGUGGAGCAUCUGAGAAAGUGUACGCAAGUAUACACUGUAUGUAUAAAGAUCAUGUGAGUAUAAAUAAUUAUCAGGUUGAUAUGAGGGAAUUAUGACAUCAUAGCGAUAUAUCCAAUUAACAUUAACAACAUUGAAAAGUGAUAACUCCGAUAACCGAUAAUAUAAAAAAAAUUAUGCAAGAUUACCCCUAUUGUGCGGGUGACCAAAUCAAGCGCUCCUUUUUUUUCUUUCCUGUGACAUAAUGGCUUAUCGUGACUUCUCCUGAGCUCACCUGCAAACAAGAGGAUGACAUUUCACAUGCUAUUUGUACCAAAUGCUCUGCAAUGAGGGGGGGGGAGACCGCAUCGAUCACACAAAAAACCUUAUCAACCACCUGAAACACCACUUCGCUACCAUGCUUGAAGCUUGUUGUGCCGCAAUGUUUGAAAAGUGCAAAAGGUUUGCCAGAAACCUCCGUGGCGUCACAUCAGCUGCUCUGUGCCCGAAUACAGUGCACCGUGCUGGACCACGCCAGAUGGCUCCUCCCGCUCUGUAUUCUGGUACUCCUGACCUUCGUAGUGUCACACUGGCCGAUUGGCACAUUUGUCCGAAUAUAGUGCACUUUGCUGGGCCACAGCAGGUGGUAGUGAUGUGGUAGUAGUAAUGUCAUGAUAUUUGAUUAGGACAAAUCAGCAGGUACAGUUGGUCAAAUCCUAAUUUGAUCCAGUCCUUCUUGUCUCCAGGUGUGCACAAACCACAUCCAUCCAUCCAUUUCCUAUGCCGCUUAUCCUCACUUGGGUCGCGAGUAUCCUGGAGCCUAUCCCAACAGACUUUGAGCGAGAGGCAGGGUACACCCUGGACUGGACGCCAGUCAAUCGCAGGGCACAUGUAGACAAACAACCAUUCACUCUCACAUUCAUGCACAGACUACAUUUUUUAAAAAGUCCGUAUAAAAAAAGUUAUCGGUUAUUGGUAUCAUAUCGGUAUUGAAAAGCAGAAAGUUAUCGGUAUCGGUUUGGGAUAAGCCAAAAAAAGAUAUGCCGCAUCUCUAAUAAAUACAGUAAGUAUAAUAAAUAAACUAGUCAAAGCACACGUGGAAUGGAGCUGUUGUACUCAUGGUGACAUGUUGGGUUAGCAUAUUUGGAGUGAUAGUAACACAAAUGCACUGAACUGUACAUUCAAUUGAGUGUGUAACAGUACUUCCUAUCCUUUUCUAUGCACCACACCCCCAGAACACCUUUAAUAUGUUCAUAAGUUACAUUUAAGAAUGCAAAGUAAUAUUUUAAUAUAAUAAUAAUUUCCACCGUAAUACCUUUUUCUUUAAAUUAUUUAAAUGGUGACAGACUUAGUAAGAUUGUAUUAAUAACUGUUGUACACGAAGAUGACAAGCCUGGCUGCAGACAGGAAGCGCGUUGUCCGAAUGACCGGAAAUGUGGCCGAUGUACCUUCAAACUAAAGGCAAAUGCGCAUUAAUAUUUCACUUCUGCAGCAUCACUGUGGAUAAUAACAGAAGGGUUUGAUUAGUGGUGGAUUUAGAGUCAGUCAUUCUGGGCGCUCUAUGACACCGCAAAGUAUUUACCAUUUUGAAACAGGGCAGGAGUUUAUAUUGAAGGCUUGAACCGGAAAAGAGCCCUAAAACACCUUGACGACAGUGGUAACAUAACCACCGCCGGUACCGAGCAAAAGCCAAGACCCAUUUAAAUGUCGGUACCGACGAACCACGCCGCCGUGCUGGGUGUGUGGAGUCAGCCGUUACCGGACUCAAUGAGUGUCAGUCAGAGCCGUUCUGUCUAGAAGAUAUUUGUCAAAGAUGAACGAUGCUAAAGCUAACCGUGUUUGACACACUGAGAGCUUGGUCAAUGGGAAUCAUCCAACCCUCCCAGCACAGUCUUCCCAAGACCUAGGUGAGACGCUUGAAUCAGAGCACAGUGCGAUUGUCAGCUCUAUCGAGAAGGACCUCCAGGACAUCAUGGACUCCUUAGCUAUGGAUGACCCUCAACCUUGCCCCUCUGAGGACAAAAAGCCCCCUGGGGGACAGCCUGUGACUCAUUCACCCUUGUUGCCAAUGGUCAAUGGUGGGGGGAGGUAUUUGCUGUCUCCCCCUACGAGUCCAGGGGCCAUGUCGGUGGGAUCCAGCUAUGACAAUACAUCGCCACCCUUCUCUCCUCUCUCCUCCCCUUCAGCUGCAAGCAGUGGGAGCUUUACUAGCCCAUCCCCUGGUGGAGCACCCCAGGACCCCAUUUCUUCUCUGCCACCAGUGCCUGCACGCUCCUCUAGCUAUAACUUCACCAGCCAGCCGCCACCUGUACCACAGCCACGGACCACCCCAUCCAACUCCAGCAGUGCCACUGUGGGUCAAAAGGUACCAGAAAGCCCCAGGUUGCAAAGGAACAUCUUAGGAGAUGGUCCCCCUAGCCCUAUGCCUAGUCGCAGAGGAUUAUGCCAAGAUGUGUGUGAAGGUUCCAGACAGACUCCUCUUUUGUCUUCAAAUGAAUCUCUCAGUAGCAGAAAUCUAGUGCCAAAUAGCCUCACUUCCAAGAUCCUGACAUGUCCUUCAUCCUUGUCUGCUGGUGUGAGGACCAAGAUGACCACUGUGCUCCAUGAAAGGCCUGCGAGCCCUUUUAGAGAGCAGACACCAUUAGCUGAUCGCUCCGUCUCCUCAAGCCCAUCCAGGCAACUUUCCCACCCUACUAAGACCUUUCAGCCUCCUCUUGAUCCAAUUGUCCAUAUCAUCCAAGGAUCCCCAUGCCAGCAACCUGCAAGCCCCUGCAUGACCAGGAGAAACCUAGAACUGAAUGGCGGAGGGGGUAAUAUGAGAGAACUUCCACCUCUAAGUCCCUCCAUUGCUCGGAGAGGCAUCCCAGUACUCCCAGUGUCACUCCCAGGAACGGGAGCUGCCUUGAAGGCCCCGGAUAGCCCUUCAUGCUUACGUAAGCCGGUUCCCGAGAGUCUGAGGCUUCAUCGCAAGACUGGAACUACGCCCGAAGACUUGACUGGCAGCAAGGGAAUGCGAGCUCGUAGUCCCUCACCCACUUCUCUGAUGGUGGAAGCUGGUGCGGGAUUCCAAAAGGCCACCUUUGGCAACUCCCUCUCGCCUGCCUACAGUCUGGGUUCUCUUCCAGGCUCAUCUCCCAUGGCCAGUCCCCGAUGCAACAGGAAGAUCUCAACAGGACGACCGGUAAUGAGGGAGAGGAAGAACAGCAUCACAGAGAUCAGCGACAAUGAGGACGAGCUGCUGGAAUACCAUCGACGACAGAGGGAGGAGCGACUUCGAGAGCAGGAAAUGGAGAGACUGGAGAGACAGCGGCUGGAGACCAUCCUGAAUCUCUGUGCCGAAUACAACAAAGGAGAGAACGUCAACCUGGAGCCACUGGGCCCUGAGAGGGCAGCUUUCCCUGGGGGGUUUUCAGACGUCGCGAUGAAGAGUGCUUCCGCUGAGCGUGUCCUAGGAGGAAUGCCAUCACCAUCCUGUCGCCGUCUGGCACAGAAACGGAGAGAGAGCGAUGAGGAGAACCUGAAGGAGGAGUGUAGUAGUACAGAGAGCACUCAUCAGGAGGUGAGGGCAUCAGCAGCUCCAAGCACAGCAUCAGCACUGCAGCAUGGAGACACGCAGGAUGAAGAUGCGGCCACUUCAGAUGGGCUUGAGCUGCUUUACCUGGAGGAAGAGCGGGUGCGUGUGCUGUCACGGCUUGAUGACCUCAAAAGUCGCCUGACCGAGCUGGAGCAACAACUUGAGGAGUCUAAGCAGGAGGCUGAGAUGGAGCGUGCGUUGCUGCAAGGAGAGAGACGGGCAGAAGUGGAGCAGAUUGACGUGGAGACCGACAUCAUCAGCCAGCUUCAGAGCAGAUUGGACGAGCUGGAGAAGGCCACUCAGCAAGAGAAAGACAAGGAGAGGGCUAAUGUUGAGGCAGAGCGUCGGGUCGUGCAGAGACUCCAGGAGGGCCACGCUGAGCUGAAGAAGCAGCUGCAUAACUGUCCCGAGUCCCUACGCGAACAAUUGCAACAACAGUUGAAAAGGAAGGGAGAAGCUCUGGAAGCAGGAACCAAGAAGUUUGAGGACCUGGAGUUUCAACAGCUGGAAAGAGAAAGCAGCCUGGAGGAGGAGAGGGAGACCAUGAGCAAGCAGCUGCUCCAGGAGAGAGCAGAGUACCACAACAGUGUGGCCAAAAGGAAGGAAAAAGUGUCUGCUUUGGAGAAGCAGGCCAACCAGCUGGGCUUGCAGGCAUCUCAGGAAUGUGAACGUCUGGCCAAAGACAGGACCGUCAUGCUGCAAAUGCUCCAAAAUGAAAAAGAGAGACUGACUGCUCUGGAGAAGAGGUACCACAGCAUCACUGGAGGAAAGAGCUUUCCCAAGUCGUCGACGGCGAUGCGAGAGGAGUAUGUGACAGUGAGCCAGUUGAGUCAUAUGUAUGGGAUGCCAGAGGUGGAGUCAUGCACCACCUCCCCGCUUUGCCAUCCCCUGCAGUCUGGAGCUGUAAAUCCUUUGUCUUUGGAGUGCCAGUCUGAGGGCAGCAGGCCUUCACUUCCCAAGCUAGAUUUAGAACAAUGGUACCAGGAGGUGUUGGCAGGCUCCAGCCAGCUCUGGUCUUCCUCCCUGCCAGCCAAGCCACUGUCAGGCUGCAGGCCCUCGCUGCAGGUGUUCCGCUCCAAGGUUGAUAGUGAUCCAGGACAAUCUCCUCAUCUAGCAAAGGCUGGAUCUCCUCUCCAGCAGGGAGCUGCAACACUGGGACGCAGUGCAGGCUCCAAGAGCCCGCUUCUGCCCACCCACAGCUCAAGCAGUUUGCCCAGGAACCUGGCAGCUACCUUGCAGAGUAUAGAGAGCAAGAGACAGCUGGCACUGCAGCAGAAAGACCCUCAGAACUCCAACCAAUCCCUCAUAGAGCGAAGAUCAGCAGGUCAACAGGUGAUUGAAGAGCAACGUCGUCGUCUGGCUGAGCUGAAGCAGAGAGCAGCAGCGGAGGCACAGUGCCAGUGGGAAGCACUCCACGGUUCACUGCCUCACAUCAUGACUUCCACGCCCUCAUACUCACCAGGAAUGUCCUACAGCCCUGCACUCACUCACCACUCUGAAGGCCUCCCUCCUCUGGUCCAGCACUCCAUCCUGCACCACCAUCCACCAUCAGCUGGAGAGCAGCCCUACGACACACUGAGUCUGGAGAGCUCUGACAGUAUGGAUACCAGCGUGUCCACUGGGAACAACUCAGCCUGCUCACCUGAUAACAUGUCCAGCGUUGGAGGAGCAGACUUGCUGAAGAUUGAAGAGAUGGAGAAAAUGCUGAAGGAAGCACAGAUGGAGAAAGCCAGACUUAUUGAGUUUCGGGAGCAGGAGAGUCUUGCACGCCAUCAGAUGCUGGAGGAAGAGAGGAAGAGGAGGGAGGAAGCUGAGAAAAGACUGCAAGAUGAAACUCUCCAUCGGCAGCAGCUGGUGGAGAAAGAGGUGAAGAUGAGAGCCAAGAACUUCUCCCAGGCCCGUCCAAUGACACGCUACCUGCCCAUCAGGAAGGAGGAGUUUGACCUUCACGCUCACAUUGAGGCAUCAGGCCACAGCGUCGAAACCUGCUACCACAUCAUCCUGACUGAGAAGAUGUGUAAGGGCUUUCUGGUCAAGAUGGGAGGCAAGAUCAAGUCAUGGAAGAAACGGUGGUUUGUCUUUGACCGCCUCAAAAGGACUUUCUCCUACUAUAUUGACAAACAUGAGAACAAGCUGAAGGGUGUGAUCUACUUCCAGGCCAUUGAGGAGGUUUACUAUGAUCACCUGCGCAGCGCCACCAAGAGUCCUAACCCGACCUUGACCUUUUGUGUGAAGACCCACGAUCGCCUCUACUACAUGGUGGCCCCCUCAGCCGAGGCUAUGAGGAUCUGGAUGGACGUCAUUGUGACGGGAGCCGAGGGGUACACGCAGUUCAUCAACUGAUCAUACAGCACGGACUACACACACACACACACACACACACACACACACACACACACACUCUCACGCCUUUUUUAUUAAAUACAUGACGUAUAUGACGUAUACAUACACUUCACCACCACUCAUUCAUAAAGGGACACACACGCCUCCGUAUGUAACCAAAGUCUUUUUAUUGCCAAAUGGACGUCUUGUGUUUAUCGUUUAUCCAACAUGAUGUGUGACUUCUUUUCUUACUGUAAAAAUGCCAAAUGACAAGUAUGUGUUUGAUCAAUCAUCAAUGAGAAAAGGUAUUUAUACUUUUCUAUCCACAACAAAUGCAGUAUGCAGUACUACUUCCUACACUACUUCUGUCACUGAUAAUUACAGGGUGUCCCUAAUGUCACACACACACACACACACACACACGCAGUACAAAACAAGUUUCAUUGUCAUUCAUCAACACAAUAUUAAUCACAUCAUAAAUGAUAGCAUUUUAAAAAUUCUAACAAAUUACACAAACAAUAUAAAUAUAAUAUUUUAACAUGAAUAUAUUUGAUGAAAGAUAAAAUCCCCCCCACCACCAGUCCGUAUACAUUUUGAAAAAAUGAUUUGCCCCUGCCACCAGUUUCAGGGAUUAUCACAGAAUUUGUUGGAGACAUGAAUGAUUGCAGGGCGCUCGAAAAAGUCUCAAGAACCCGUGUUCCAAAACAAACAGGAAGUCAACCAUUUUGUUUUCCGGCAGCAAUUACGGUUGUACUUUGACCAACUCCUCCUAGGGGCUUUGACUAAACGAGCCUAAAAGAAAAUCACAGACCCUAGAAGAUGGGCGAUGAUACAUUGUGAACCACUUUAGCCUAUGCCACAGGAUGUGGGCGGAGCCUUUGAGACUCUCCAAUCAACUAACUCAACUCCACAAGGUCAGACUGUUACAGUCAUGGGUGUGCUUGAUCUUAAUGACCUUCCAUAUGGGCCCAUUGGCCCAAAAUCUUUCAUGGUGGGUUGGGGCACAGGACAGCACAUGACUGCAUGGCCAGGUUAAUCAGUAGUGUCGCCCCCUCCUGGUGGAAAAUUAUAGUGUCUAAACUAGAGAUGCAUGAUAUCUUUUUUUUUUUUAACCAAUACCGAUAACCGAUUCCUUUUUUUUUUAAUCUACUUUGAAUGAUUUAAGGUAGCUUGUGCGUACCUGGAGGUGAAAAGGAUUGGAACAAAUUAGGAUUUGACCAACCGUACCUGAUGAUUUAUCCUAAUCAAAUAUCAUGGUAUCACUACUAUCAGGAGAACCAGAGUAGAGCGGGAGGAACCACCUGGCGUGGCCCAGCAACAUGCACUGUAUUCGGGCACACGCUCCGAGCAGCAGGUGUGACGCCACGGAGGUGUCUGGCAAACCUUUUGCACUUUGCAAAUGCCGUGGCACUGGCGUUACAGGUGGCUGAUAAGAUCUUUCUGUGCGCUUUAUGGGUUUUGUUCCCCUCAUCGUGGCGCAUUUCGUACAACUAGUACGCAAAAUGUCUCCGAAACAGUGAAUUUUUGUUUACAGGUGAGCUCAGGGGAAGUAACGACAGGCCGUUAACAUCACAGGCAGGAGAAAAAAGGAGCGCUUGAUUUGCUCACCCACCAGUACGGGUAAUCUCACCUCAUUGGAGCGUUUUUUUUUUUUAUUAAUGGUUAUCGGAGCUAUUGGAUUUAUCGAUACGACAUCGUAAUUCCCUCAUUUAUCGUGCACCCCUAGUCUAAACUACUGCCCACCUGGUCCUCAUGUCCUAAUGACUUGCUAAUAACAAUGUGACAAUUCUGCUCCAGACGUCGCAAUUUCCUUUGAAGUUGGGAUACGGGGUCAGGUCUUGCGUUCCCACGUGCCCACCGACUCAUUGCAUAUAUGUGCAACUUUUAAUUAGACGUUGUGCUUGUCUUUGUUUUCUACACAAUACAUAAUAAAUCAUGUGGGAACGCAAAUGGGUCCAUAUACUAAAGGAUUUUAUAUGUUUUCAAAUAAUUGUAUGAUGUGUGCAUGUUUGCCUUUGGGACACCCUGUAAAGUGGGUAGAAGUCAUUUUGAAGCAGGGCAUUGACCAACGAGGGUGAGAGUGUGACCCUACACUUGACAAUCCACAUGACACUAGUCCAGUCCAGUCCUUGGAACCACACUCGGCAUGGAACACUUCCUGAUCGCCCACAACUGUGCACGCAUGUGUCAUGUGUCCCGUGGCCCAUCGUUCAGAACCGCCAGCCUGCACAGUACAAAUGAAACCCAACACCUCCAAAUAAACCACUAAGUCAGGAAAGUUGCAUAAUGACGGCCGGCCAUUGGGGCAGGUGCCCAUGUGCCCCGAACCAACAAUCCUCUCCAAAUGUCAAGUCGUUUGUGUGUAAUCCUACUAGUAAACUUAGUGUGGUUCCUUGGCAGAGGUAAUAAAAGAAUAGCUCUUCAGUCUUCAGUGGACUGUAAUCCUUCCAGAAGUGUUACAGUACCGUAGUAUUACACAAUGGUACAAUGCAAUAAACACACCAAGGCACAGCAAACACACUAAAUCGACUUGUCUUUUAGUUCGAUUCAAGACUUCUUUGAAAAGAUGUAGACUGAGGUCAUCCUCACAGGUACUUUUUGUGGCCUUCACUAGAAGUUCACCGGUAUGUGCUGCUGAAAGUAGCCCUUCUGCCGUUAUUGCUUUGUAGUAUUAUUACAUGUGUGCUACAUGUAGAACACAUGUUCCACACAAUUCAUUUGCAGGUGAAGGAGGUACGUUUACGUAACGCUUAUGGAACAUCGCUUUUCCUUUAUUUUUAUAGAAAAUAAUUGACUGCAUUCACGUUCAAUCCCACCAGACUGGUAAACACUGCACGUACUUUCUUCUCUUUGCCUGUGUGGUACGUCAUUUAACUCGUGGGUGGAGGAACGUGCCGGUAUAUCAUGUUCCUGCCUUCAACUCAGUUCCGUUCAAUUAAAAUAAUUCAACUGCGCACUUUAUGUAGGCUACAUGUGGUUCAAAUAAUGCAUCGUGUGUGCGAGGUGUGUUGAAGACAUGAAAGUGUCGUGAAGGUGAGUGUGCAUGGUGUGUUGAAUGAAGACGUGAAAGUGUCGUAAAGGUGAGUGUGCGUGGUGUGUUGAAGACAUGAAAGUGUCGUGAAGGUGAGUGUGCAUGGUGUGUUGAAUGAAGACGUGAAAGUGUCGUAAAGGUGAGUGUGCGUGGUGUGUUGAAUGAAGACGUGAAACGGAGCGUUUAAAGGUGUGAGUGUGCGUGGUAUGUUGAAUGAAAUGGUGCUUCAAGGUGAGUGUGCAUGGUGUGUUGAAUGAAGACAUGAAACGGUGCGUUGCAAAGGUCAGAAUGCUAGCCAACAGUGGUUAACUAGCUUUAUCUUUAAGUACAAAACUAAUAUCGCUCCGUACUUCAAAAGACGUUUAGCAGAGGUCAGGUAAAGGCAAAUAAAAAAUAUGAAUGGAAUGCUGAGCUGGUGUAGUAACGCCAAAGAGUAGGAAUACUGCAGUAUCUGUGCACCCAUCAUAGAUCUGUGCCUACUAGAAUGACUGCGUAAGAACAUGUUGUGUUUUGUCACUCACCGUGCAGGAGGACAUUUUGACAAUGGAAAUGCGUUUUGCAUUAUGGGAAACGUAGUGUGUGCUCCUCAGUAACCAUGUCUAUGUUGUUGUGGAUCUAUAAGUGGGUGCUGGAGGAGCUGCUUUGUGCGUUCUGAUGGUUUGUGCUUUUUGUGCCUCUUGGAAAAAGAUGUUAAUAUAUUACCGUAUAUCUUCCCUGCAUUUGCCACACACACAAUUCCUGUGUGCAAAGCAAACUGGACAACAGCAAGGCUGCUAAAUGUACCUAUAUAGCCUGGCUCUAUAUUGAAAAGAAAGUAUAUCAUUGAAAUGGGACACAAUACAUGUUUUCUUAUUUUUCUCUUUUUAUUUCAUGACUGUUUCAAUUGAAUGCUUGUGAUGGAUUGAACUGACUUUGGUUUUAAAAUGGUACACACACCUUUUCUACAGAUUGUUUUUACUCUUAUUGUACGUAUCAUCCUUCACGUUGAGUUGACAACAUUUAUUUGUCAAUAAAAAGUGUUACAGAG